CUUCAUUGCAAGUGGUAUCCAUCCGUGGCUCGUAGGUAAGGCAUGUUCAUGUAAUAUAUAUAACGCGAUAAAGUUAUAUGAUUGGUAAAAAAAACAACUACAUUCCUAUGUUAGUAGUGAUAUAAAUUGGAAGAGAAAAAGAUCGCUCUUAGUGCUCAGAAAACCACAUAGCAACUACCAACCUGUUCCAAAUUCUUAAAAAAUGGAAAACGGUACAAAAACCAAUCAGGAUCCAAAAAUCAAAGAAGAUAUCGAGAUACUGAGGACAUGGCUACGAAAACAACCUCACAUGCCUCAGGACAUCGAUGAUGAAUUAUUAAUGCCAUUCAUAUGUGGAACAAAAUCUAUUGAAAAAGCCAAACGGAAGUUGGAAUCAUUUUGCACGUUGCAUUCAAAGUACACUGACAACUUCAGUUUUCCAUUUCGUGAUCCUUUGGACCCUGUGUUUCAGGCCUCAUACGAAAUGGGAAAGAUGUUCAUGCUUCCCAAAACAACCCCAGAGGGCUACAGAGUUUUCUUUGCCAUAUGUGAUGAUUUUGACAAGUACGACGGCUUCCAGAGCAAUGUGAUAAUGUCGAUGGUACUGGAGGUCGAGAUGAUGAUGCAUCCUGACUCACCUGGUAUCAUUCUAGCUUUCGACUGUCGAGGAGUCGACGUUAGGAUUAUGACGAAGAUGGGUUUGUCUCCAAUGACCUUCUUCUUAGAGUACCUUCAAAACUCUAUACCCAUGAAGAUGAAGAGAAUGCUCAUCUAUAAUACACCUCCAAUCUUUGGUGCUUUCGUCAAUACUUUUGUAAAGCCAUAUGCAAAGAAGAAACUAUUCGACAGGAUAAUUUUCACGACAAAAGGAGAUGAAGCGCUGAAAGAAUAUUUUCCCGUUGACAUUUUGCCUUGCGACAUCGAUCCAUGUGGCAAGGCACCUCCAACCAGAGCAAUAGAAGAUGACUGGAAAAGGCUUAUACUAAGCAGAAGAGAUUACUUCAAAAAUUCUCCAGCUUUAGCGACAGACGAAACGAAGCGACUUCCAGAUUCUUCACACGCAUACGGCGUGGAUGGAACAUUCAGAAUGUUGUCCGUUGACUGAAAAAUACUUUUAAGAAGCAUACUCGAUGGAUAAUUCAAGUUACCUUUCACGUUUCUUGUGAAUUCAUAAUAAUUAAGUAUCGAUUAACAAUAUUUGAAGGGAGUUGAUCUCUUAUUAAAUGUAUUUUAAUAUCUAUAUUAUUUAUUGAUUCCUGCUUUUUAAUUUCAUUAGGCAUUAUUUCAUAAAAGUUCUAGUUAUUUCAAUGACAUGGUCCCAAAGGGAUCUUGAUUAAAACAUUUAUUAUAUUAUUUUUGCUUUGUUUUAUCUGUAAUAUAUUUAAUAUUUUAUGUA